AUGGCAGAUUUCUUCGCGCAAGAUUUCAGCAAGGAGCAUUGGAAAAAUGCAGCUGCGAAAAAUGCAUUUGUGCUUAUGAGCAAGCAACGAUUUCAUCAUGCUGCUGCCUUUUUCCUGCUAAGUGGAAGCAUUAGGGAUGCCCUGCAGAUAAUUCUUCGCAAAUGCCGGGAUUUGCAGUUGGCCAUAAUUGUCUUACGACUCUACGAAACUGAUGUUGAUGCGCAACAGUCGAUGCUCAAAGAAAUGUUGUGCCGGUGA